UUUAGAGCGAAAUCAAAAACAGAAUGUAAAUCCGACUGAAAACCGACAUUGAAUUAGCAUAUUGCUCCAACUCCAAGUUGUCACUACUCACAAGUUGCCAACUUAUCAUUGAGCCCACAAGAGUUAUUUUCUAAGUCAACCCAAUAAAAUUAAGAACAAACCGAACACUAUCAUUUUUCAGAUUUUCUAAGCAUUGUUUUCACUCUUAACACCCAAAAAUGAACACUAAAACCCUUCACUUCACAAAUCUCUUCAUCUUCAUCUCAAUUUUCUUUCAAUUCAUCACCCAAUCUUUCUCUCAAUCAUACAUUCCAUCUUUCCAUCAUUCCUCUUCAAUACUUUACUCUCAACAUUGUUCUCAAAUCAUCCCUGAGUCAACCCAAACCCAUCCUUACUUCAGCCCUCAUUUUCCCUCUUUUUACAGUGCUUAUGUCAUUAAUGGUGAUCAAUUCCUUGGACCCAAUUCACAGAUCACUGCAAAUCUCAUCCCACAAAACGUUUUCAAAACUAGUUCUAAUGGGAUUUUCAAGUUUCAAGCUCUUUUGGGGAUUAGAAUCAAUUGGUCUAGGUUUACGACCGGAAGAUAUUUGCUUAAUGUUCAUGGAGGACCCCGAUUUCGAGCUAAUAAAAGGAAUAUGAGGUUUCAGCUUUCUGGUUAUUGGGAUUCUUCAUCUGGGCAACUUUGUAUGGUUGGAUCAGGAACAAAGAGACAGAUUAACGGUAAAGAUUUGAAACUUGAUGUGAUUUUUAAAUCUGUUUAUCCUAAUAGUACUGUUAUUAAUAAUAGUUUAAUUACUGGAACUUUAGAAAGUUUGAAUUCUGUUGGUAGUGAUACUUAUUUUAAGCCAAUUUCUAUUAUGAGUUUUGCUAAAGCAAAUUAUGAAUAUUCAUUAAUUAAGAAAGAGAUUUCUGGUGGAGAUGUGGGAAGUUUUGAUUUUGAUAAUAAUAGUAGUUCUUCGGUUAGUGUAGGGAAGAGGUUUGGAAAUUGUUAUCAAUUUGCUAAUUUAGAGGAGUAUUUUGAGUUGGGAUAUAAGAAGGAUUGUGAUGAUAGGAAUUGUAGUUGGAUUGAUGGUGUUUUUGGGUUUAUGCCUAGGUUUAUGUCAUUGAAUGAAAUUGAUUGUUCAGAGCAGAUGAUGGUUAGGGUUUCGUUUUCCUUUUCGAAUGUAAGUGAUGUUCGAAAUGGUUAUCGACAACGAUUGGAUCCGAGUAGGGCUUUGGUAGCUGAGGGAGCUUGGAAUGCUGAGAAGAAUCAACUUUUGUUUGUUGCUUGCCGGAUUGUGAAUUUCACAAAAGAGCCAUUGAGUGCUAGUAUUGAUGAUUGUUCGAUUAGGGUGAAUUUUACGGUGGCUGAUACAUUGACGAUUAGAGAUUCUAGUGUGAUUAGUGGACAUGUUUGGAGCGUUAAGAGUAAGGAUGAACCAGAUUACUUCGAUAGGAUUGAAAUUCGUGCUUCGGGAUCUAGGAGAGCAGCACUUCCUGACAUGAAAUAUAAGUAUACUGUGAUUGAUAAAGCCAAGAAGUUUUGUGCAGAGAAGGUAUAUAUUAAGGAAAAAGGAAAGAAUUACCCUGAACCCUAUUCCCAGGAUAUGAAAUUCGACAUGGAGGUGAGAAAUAGCAAGGGAAACCGAGCCUGGGGCAAGGCUUAUCCUGUGUUUGUUGGUGAUCGUUUUGUGCAGAAUAUUUAUCCAUAUAUGCAAUCUCGGCUGAUACCAAAUCAAAACUCUGCUGUGAAUGAUAGCGUGCAUGGGUCGGUAAAUGUUGCCUAUCGGUUAACUUUCUUUCCGAAAGAUGAAUUCAAAGUGGGUGGUAGAUCAUUUGCAAUGAACGAAACAAUACGUAUAUCUGCUGAAGGGAUAUAUGAUACUGAAACUGGACGUCUUUGUAUGGUGGGCUGUUGGAAUCUUGAAAAUGAUGGAAGUGCUCCUUUGAAUGCAAGUACAUUGGAUUGUGAUACUUCUGUCAAGCUGCAGUUCCCUCCUCGUGAUUCGAGUGUUAAGGUUAAGGGGACUAUUGAAAGCAAACGUGAAAACUCAGACCGUCUUUACUUUGACCAUCUCGAUGUUUCUUCAACUUCACUUACCACGAUACAAGUAACCAAAGCUUUCUGGAGGAUGGAUUUCGAGAUUACUUUGGUUUUGAUUUCUAAUACUCUAGCAUGCAUCUUUGUCGGGUUGCAGCUAUUUCAUGUGAAAAGGAAUCCAAAUGCCCUUCCAUUUAUUUCAGUUAUAAUGCUCGUUGUAAUCACCUUGGGACAUAUGAUUCCCUUGCUGUUGAAUAUGGAAGCGUUUUUCUUGUCGAGUCCUAGCAAGCGAACUGUGCUUUUCGGAAGUGGUGGAUGGCUAGAGGUGAAUGAAGUUCUAGUCCGGGUGAUCACAAUGGUUGUAUUUCUCCUGGAGUUCCGUCUCUUGCAACUGACUUUGUCCGCUAGAGGAGAUGAUGAUAGUUCGAAAAACUUGUGGGAAUGUGAAAAGAAAGUCUUAUGUUACACGUUGCCGCUAUAUGUAGUCGGAGCAUUGAUCGCUUGGAUAAUACAACUAUUGAGGGGUUCACCUGUGACUACGUACCAGCAUUACAGUGUAAAGUCAAACCCGUCCCUUCCAUUUUGGAACGAUAUGAAGUCGUAUGCAGGUUUCAUCCUGGAUGCGUUCCUUCUCCCUCAGAUAAUGUUCAAUGUGUUCUCCGACUCGAAGGAGAGGGCCCUUGCUGUUCCAUACUAUAUCGGAACAACAGUUGUUCGGCUGUUGCCACACGCUUAUGAUGUGUUCAGAAGUCAUAGCUCUUCCUGGAACUUUGAUCCAUGGUACAUAUAUGCAGACCCGCGAAUGAAUUUCUACUCCACUACAUGGGAUAUCCUCGUUUCUUGUCUCGGCCUGUGUUUUGUUGCCCUCAUUUUCUUGCAGCAGUGGCUUGGUGGGCGAUGGGUUCUUCCGAAGAGAUUUAGCAAGAUUGUUGAAUACGAAAAAGUUCCUAUCGGAUUGUAGGUAGCAAUAAGUGAUUCAGUGAAAUGUCGAUAAUCUUAGCGUGCUGUUUGGAUUUUUUCUGCCCCCUUUUGGGGAACGUACAUUAAGUCCUGUUCUGUUGAACGAGAAUAUUUCAUUGUGCAGCUUU